CUAAAAUUUGCGCCAUCUUGGUUUAGUCGGUGUGUCUUUUUUUCUCGCGCUCAGUGCACGGAUCAGCGGACUGUGCAAAGAAAAUUUUUUCGCUUCUCCCCUCCCGGAGUAGGGAUCUCCCCGUGCGGCUGUGACGAACCUCAGUCAUCCGUUCCUCAUUGGUGUGACGACCCAACUACCGAGGCCCGGCACCAGCUUCGGCAGCGUCUAGCUUCGCAAUGUCGUCCAGAAAGAAGGUGCUACUUAAGGUCAUCAUCCUUGGAGAAAGUGGGGUGGGGAAGACUUCACUGAUGAACCAGUAUGUGAACAAGAAAUUCAGCAAUCAGUACAAGGCCACCAUUGGUGCAGACUUCCUCACCAAAGAAGUCAUGGUCGAUGACAGGCUGGUCACCAUGCAGAUAUGGGACACGGCCGGCCAGGAGCGAUUUCAGUCGCUGGGCGUGGCCUUCUAUCGAGGUGCAGACUGCUGUGUGCUGGUGUUUGACGUCACUGUGCCGGGCAGCUUCAAGGCCCUUGAGUCGUGGCGUGACGAGUUCCUCAUACAGGCCUCGCCUCGAGACCCCGAGAACUUCCCAUUUGUCGUCAUUGGCAACAAAGUCGACCUGGACAACCGGGGGGUGUCCACCAAGCGAGCCCAGGGCUGGUGCCAGUCGAAAAAUGGCAUCCCGUACUUCGAGACGAGUGCCAAGGAGGCCCUAAAUGUGGAACAGGCCUUCCAGACGGUGGCCAAGAAUGCGCUCGCCCAGGAGACGGACGUGGAGCUCUACAACGAGUUCCCCGACCAGAUCAAGCUGACGAACGAGCAGAAGCCACGCAGCCAGGGCUGCUGCUAAUCCCAUCUCCCCUUCUUCCAACAGACAGGCAACGUGAACGACCAACAACCCAGUGCUUGCACAUACUCCCAAUGCACUCCCAGCCGUCGUCUGCAAGCCUCAACACGAGCAGACUUCUUGGUGGCAGCAGAAGACGGGACUCUGAUCGUCUGCUUGUUUGAGCGAGCAGACGGCGACAGUGUGAAGUUUGUGUGUGCGCAUGCGCGUACUCCAGUGGGCCAAGGGGCACGCAGCUUGGCACUACGUUUCUCCGCUUUAUGCCGGCCUCUUGUCUCAAAAAGCUUUGUUUCUGGACACAAGAGUGUUCUAGGCAGGAUGCAGGAAGUCUUAAAGUCAUUGCCCGCCCCGCCGAGGCAGGUGUUGUGAGCAUGUGGGGUAGAGGCGUUGGCGGCAUUGUCUUUGGGGUGAUUAAGGUUGCUGCUGCACAUUUGUGUGAUCGUAUCUUCUCGAGGCAGCGUGGCAAGGUGGGGAAGGAAAAUGCGUAGCAGCCUCUGUUGCGAUCUGUGAAAUCAUUCUGGAUGCAACUGAGCGUAGCUUGUCAAUGCGCCCAUGGCUGGCAAUCUAGUGUUUGAGGGGGUUUUGUAUCGGACCAGCUUUCGGUGCACAAUUUGCUGUAAAUUUCGAUUUAAUGCGUUCCAGCACGGUAGAACUGUCGCGAUUAAAGUUGAACCUAACUGGCUGGCACGCUCUUUGAAUAAGGUUAUCUUACCCAUUGGAAAUGGGAAUAGGGGCGGCUGCAUAUGUGCACUGUGCACUUGAAGCUUUUGCUCUAGCACAGGUUGAAGCAUGCUGAAGUUCUCGUAUGCCAGCUGCAGGCAUUGUAAUAUAAGUUAUGCCCUGAUUUUACAAGGCUGAAGCCGUCGAUAGUAGGCGAAAGUAUUGGUUUCCUUUAACUCUCUUCCGUGCUUACAGCAUAUGGCAAUUCGUAUUUUCUUAUUCUUGUCUGGGCUAUUUCUACUGUUGAUUUCUGCUCUAACUCCCUCAGCUUUAGUAUUACGUAAGGUUUUUGAUAGACCACCUAGUACCUUGUGAAGGGCAGUGGCCUGUGGUAAUAUAGACUACUGUAGUAUUCUGCGUCUUUCAAUUCACCGGUAUUACAGGCAAUAGUUAUCAGUCUCGUUGCCACGUUUUUACAGUUUUCAUGCCUGCGUUCAAAUUAGGCAGUGUACUUUUGUGGCUCUUGUUAUCGGUAAGUGGGCCUUUUAUGCGCGUGAAAGUCCAAUGCUUAGUUAUGAAUAAAAAAGAAAAAGCAUUCUUAACAAUAAAUUUUGUUGGUACAUCUGCAAAGAACCUUUCCCUAGAUUUCUUCUUUUGUCAACAAUUCUGUACGUAAUGCAAUUCUCUAGCUUUGAAUAGCUGACAUGGAACCACUUGGUAGGCAGUUAUGUUCAUCUCUCGUAGUCCAAGCUUGAAUAUUACAGUGGUACGAGGUAAAAAAUGUUUCCUGGCUCUUUGCUGUUAUGCCUUUACCUCUGUUUUUCGCUACAGUGAGGCUGCAUGCAACUUUGCCCAAAGGCAAAAUUUUUCUUCCGUGGCAUGACGUCAAGUUGGGAAUGCUUUGUAUCUGUGCAGGGUGUGCUUUUUUUUUUUUUUUUUAGACAGAGCUGCACUAUUUUUUUAGGGAGGUGACUGAUGUCUGUGCUGGUGGUUACUAAUUUUAAGCCUCUGGUUUAUAUACAUACUGUUCAUGCCUCUUUCUCUGUUGUGCUUAUUUUAUACUCGUGUUACAACACUCUGCCGCGAACGACUUCUUUUAUGUUCCAGCUGCCAGCCCCUCGUCAUAGCAUGUUACAAAAGAUUCUUUCCUGUUUGAGAGAAAAGAAUGUGUAGGCCUUUUUUAUGAAUAAAUCCGCAGUGCGUACACUGUACUCGGUUAUGCA